AACCUCUCUUUCGUCAGUUAAAAGUCGACCGUUAACUGACACGGUGAGAGACAAGAAAUAAAAAAAUGAAAAUUAGUGCAAAUUAAAAAAAAAAUUCGUGUCUUGUACUACGUCAUUUUAUGAAGUCAUAUCACUAGUCAUAAGAAAUAAAAAAUAAUAAAAAAGGAAAGAGGAAACUAAGUGGCUUUAAAGAUAAUAAAUUUUUUUUUUAACUGCUGAGCCUAUCUUUAAUCAAGAUUUCACGUCAAUCAAAAGUCACGUAUGAUAAAUUACUUUUUAUAAACACUAUUAGACAAACCAGUAAUCUUUAUAAUAAAAAUAAAGGAUUGUAGUGACGUCUAGAAUGGAGAGGAUAAUUGUCUGCCUGUUUUUUAUAGCAAGUUGCGCUGCUGAUGGAAGCGAUUUUAUUUUUCCCGAUAAAUUACCUUCGCGUUCACAAGAAAGUAAUGAACCGGCACCAAAUAGACUUUCUAAUCCACAGCUAGGUAUUGUCCUACCAGAUUUUAGUGACCCUGAACCGUAUUAUGGACCUCAAAAUUCAGAAUGUUGGUCUUCUUAUCCAGGAUACAACCAACCGUCCAACCCAGGAUAUCAACCUUCAAAUCUAGGAAAUUAUCCUUCCAAUCCAGGAUACCAAAGACCUAAUUAUCCAGGCUAUCAAAACAAUAAUCAAGGAAAUGCUAAUGCUAAUGCUAAUGCAAAUGCAAAUGCAAAUGCAAAUGCAAAUUCUCAGAAUCAGAAUAACUAUCAUCAGCCUGAUGGUUACCAAGACGGUUACCAAAAUCCACAAAAUUCUUUCAACUCCAUAUCCAGUUCAACUUCCAAUGCUCAAUCAAAUAAUGGCAAUUCAGCUGCAGCUGCAAGUGCAUCUUCAACUGCAGGAAUUGCAUUUGUAAAUGGAAUUCCGAUAGCCAGUGCUGCUGCAGCUGCUUCAGCUGCAGCUGCAGGUCCUGGAGGAACUUCCUCUGCAUCAAGCGAUUCAGCAAGUGUCGCCAAUGGUGCUCAACAGCGUCCACCGUGGUAUUUCAGAAAUAGAAUAGGGGAUAAAAAAGACGAAACUACAGAAAUUAUAGAACAUAAGGAAAUUAUAGAAGACAAAGUAAAUAAAGAAAGUAAGCAAAUUCAAGAAAGUACCAAAACCAAGAAGGCAGAAAUCAAAGAGUCAGAUGAUGACAAAAUCCAUUUUAAAGACUAAACAUUUGAAAAUUAUUUUAUCAAUUCAGACUGAAGUAGAAUAAAAAUUUUAUGAUUAGCUAAAAAA